UACUAACGCCCCUGGCCCCUGCAGCCCCUCCAAGAAGAAGAUGCAGUGCAUUUCCAACAUCUCCAUCACGGUCAUGUACCUCAUGUACUUCCUGGCUGCGCUCUUCGGCUACCUCACUUUCUACGGGCGCGUGGAGUCGGAGCUGCUGCACACCUACAACAAGGUGGACCCCUUUGAUGUGCUGGUCCUGUGUGUGCGGGUGGCCGUGCUGACAGCCGUGACGCUCACUGUUCCCAUCGUGCUCUUCCCGGUGCGCCGGGCUAUUCAGCAGAUGCUGUUCCAAGGCAAGGACUUCAGCUGGAUCCGUCACAUCAUCAUCGCUGUGGUCCUGCUGACUUUCAUCAACCUGCUGGUCAUCUUUGCCCCCUCCAUCCUUGGCAUUUUCGGCUUGAUCGGUGCCACGUCUGCUCCCUGUCUCAUCUUCAUCUUCCCCGCCAUCUUCUACAUACGCAUCAUGCCCAAGGACAAGGAGCCUCUACGCUCCCCGCCCAAGAUCCUGGCAGCCUGCUUCGCCCUCCUCGGGGUGAUCUUCAUGAUCAUGAGCUUGAGCUUCAUCAUCAUCGACUGGGUCACAGGCGGGGGCAGAGCCCCUAGCUGCCCCUGGGGACCCAGACCAGGCGGCCCCACUGCACCGGUGCCCUGGGGCCGCCAGCCCGGGGGCCGGCCUCCGACCCCACUGCUUGGACC